UACUUCCCCAAGGUACCGAUUCUUUUCUUAUUUACUCAAUACAGACCGCUGCAGCGAAGACUUUGGUGGGUAUCUAACUACCCCAGAUAUCGAUUCUUCCCACAGUUUUCGGCAUAGAAAAUGCGUUUACAUCAUACCUGCCACACCUAUAGCGCUUGUCUAUAUGUUCUGUCUUUGGUUGACCUCAAUCCAAAGCCCACCUUCAUUUGUUUCGAGUCUAUCUGUGGAUUGAAUUCCAUGGCAUCCACUUCUGCUUCUCCUUCCACACCUAAUGUUGCAAACGCUUUUGAGGGAAUUGCACCGCCAUAUGGGUCUUCAUCAUCCUCCAAACAGCCCUGGGAUGUCUUCAUAAAUCAUUGUGGAACUGAUGUUAAACAUACGCUCGCGACGAACAUCUCCAAUACUCUUAAUCGUACAGGACUGCGAGUCUUCCUCGAUGUGGAAGCCCUUCAAGCCGGGGAUAUAAUCACUACAGAAAUCCAAGAGGCGAUGCAUAGCGUUUCUGUUCACAUUGCCAUAUUUUCUCCCAACUAUGCACAAUCCCCAUGGUGCCUCGCAGAGCUAUCUUAUAUGCUCAAAACUAAUGCCAAAAUCAUUCCAGUCUUCCGAGAUGUUGACCCUUCUGAUCUUCGACGGGUGGCUCAUGGAAAAGGAAGCUAUGCUUCUGCGUUUGAUGAAUAUGAAGAGAAGAAGAGAUACACGGAAGAAAAGCUACAAGAAUGGAAGACGGCACUGGAGAACGUUUCUCUUCAUUCUGGCUUUGUGGUCAGGAAUAAUCAUGACGAGGGGAAGGUGUUAAAGAAUAUUGAAAAUACAGUAUUCAAGAUGAUGAGAAAGGUACCAUUUGAGGUCGCCAAGCGUCCUGUGGGACUUGAUCGCAUGGUACGAGAAUUUAAAAGAUGUUCUCUUGAGUCUGCUACGAGUGAUAGCAAUGUACGGAUUGUGGGGAUCGUGGGAAUGGGAGGAAUUGGUAAAACUACUUUAGCCAAAGAGUUGUACAACCAGAAAUGUUCCUGUUUCCAUGCCUGCAGUUUUAUAUUUGAUGUGCGGGAGGCUGCAAGCAAAAGUGCCUUGCAUGAGAAGCAGAAAAGACUUCUCAAGGACAUCGGGGUAAAUAAUGGAGAUUUUUGUUGUGAUAGUGUAGAGGAAGGUAAAGCAAUUCUGGCAAGUCGCCUGAGAUCUCUGUGUGCACUCAUCGUGUUAGAUGAUGUGGGUCAUGAAGAUCAAUUGGAUGCUUUAUUGCCCGGAAGGGAUGCCCUUGGAUCUGGCAGUUUGAUUAUUGUUACAUCCCGUGAAUUGGGUGUCCUUACAAAGUGGGGUAUUUCCUCCAAUGCCAUCUGUAUACUGAAAGGAUUCAAUGAGUCUCAUGCCAGACAGCUUUUCUGUUGGCAUGCCUUUCUACAGCCUUAUCCAGAAGAGGGUUUUGAAGAUCUCGUUCAAAAGUUUUUAAUUGCUUGUAGUGGUCUACCAUUGUCUCUCAAGGUGCUUGGAGGACAGCUCUAUACAAAAUCCAUGGACUACUGGGAGGCCCAAUUGCAAAAAAUCUCAGGGAUGUUGCCAAGGGAUAUUAUGAUGAAGCUUAAAGUCAGCUAUGAUGCCUUGGAUAAAGAUGAGCAAGAAAUGUUCAUGGAUGUAGCUUGUUUCUUCAUUGGGGAAAACAUCAGCCUGGCUAUUGCUGUAUGGGAUGGAUCAGGCUGGAAUGGAUUGCUUGGUUGGGAAACACUUGUGAACAAGUGUCUUGUCAAUCUAGAUGAGCACGACUGCAUAACUAUGCAUGACCAUCUAAGGGAUUUGGGAAGAAAUCUGGCUAAUAACCACUCACCUUCUCGUUUAUGGCAUCAGGCGCAAAUAAUCAAGGUUCAGGGACAGGCUAGGGAAAGCAUGUAUAUUCGAGGCGUAAAAUUCUCAGUUGCGUCAUCCUCUUUCAAAGAGUUCAGGCGUCCUCUGCCUUCCUCAUUAGGAUUAAAACUUCUGGUUGACAGUAAAUAUGAAUUUACCAAACAAAUUGUCACGCCAUCAGACAAUCUUCUCUGGCUUCGUGGGAUUGAUUUCCAGAUCAUAAGACUUCCCUCCUGGCUUUCACUGAGAAAAUUAAGAAUUUUAGAGCUGAAAGACGCCAACAAACUGGAGAAAUUAUGGCAUAAUAGAGAUCCUCCAUUUUACUUGAGAGAGCUGACUAUUACCGGAGCCCAUAAUUUCCAAAAGUUUCCAAAGUCCAUAGGUUGUCUUAAAGAUUUGAAAAAGAUAAUUGUCAUUUGUUCCAUAAUGAAGAAUCUUCCAGAAGAGUUUUGCUUUCUCAAAUCACUGGAGCAUCUAGAACUGGUGGAGUGCAGAGAGCUAUCUUCCCUACCUUGCCAUCUGGGGGAUCUUAAAAAGCUUCGGCAUAUUAGCUUGGCCUCAUGUAAAGGGCUCACUAGUUUGCCAGAUUCUUUUAAACACCUAAUACACCUUCAAUAUCUAAAUUUAAGAGGUUGUUCGGCAAUUAGCUUCAAGUUAGACAUGCUGGAAAACAUGAGAAGGCUCGAGUAUGUGGACUUUCGAAGAUGCCCAAAACUUAAGGAAUUGCCAAAUCAAAUCACAGAUCAAGUGGGCUUGAGAGUGCUUGAUGUUCAGUUUACAGGUUUGAGGGAGGUUGCCACAGACAUUGGUCAACUUCUCAAACUGGAAAGCCUGAAAAUAGGAAGUCCAGACUUGAAAUCUUUACCAGACUCCAUGUGGCAUCUAAAUAUGCUAAGGAAGAUUGAUAUCAGUGUAACACAAGUGUCAACCAUAUCAAUACCUAAGGAAUGCUGUCCCAGCCUUGAACAACUCAGAUUAUCAGGAAAUGGUCAGCUAAAGCACAUUGGGAGCCUGCCUACUUCAAUGAAGACUUUGCUUGUUGUUUAUUGUAAAAGGCUGAAGAGCAUAACAAGUUGUAGUGGUUUAGUAAAACUUCGACAUUUAUGUCUAGUUAAAUGCUCGGAGUUGAGUGAACUCCCAAGUUUUGCGGAGUGUUUGUCUUUGUACAAGAUUUUUAUAGAUGGGUGUGACAAAGUCAAGAAACUGGAAGGCCUAGAACAUGCGAUAUCAUUGCAGGAGCUUAUAGCGAUGACCAGGUGGAAGUCCCAAGGGAUACAAAGUUUGGAUUGUUUGGAGAGAUUGAACACCCUAAAGCUUAUUGCAAGGAGCAGAUCAGCUCUUCAACCUUGCAUACAAACUAUAAAGAAAUGGCCACGGGAGGUGCUGAUAGGUGGAAGGGCAGUGAGUGAUGUGGAAUCAGUCAUGGAGUCUCUUUCUUUGCCUAACCUUACCGUGAUUCGACGGGGAAAAUGGUGGUUGGAAGAUUGGUGGAAGACGCAUACUUCCAACGCAGAUGCGGCUAUCAUAUGUUUCCUAAGGUAUUAUAGUAAAGAGUUUGUACAUAAUCAUCCUGAAGUCUGGGAUUCGGAGAGGCUCAAUAGUUUGUACCGUGGCAGUCUUUUAGAAGUGCAUAGGAGAGAAGGGAAAUGGGUGUAUGUCGGCCUGUUCAUAAGAGCUUCUAACCUCAUUAGCAAUACUAUGUGUAGUCGAGGUUUUAACCUCAUGAACGAUGAUAUGAACAGCCAUUCUGGACUUUCUUCAGAGAGAAUAAUGUUAGUGGUAGGGGAGGAAACCUGCGUGGUAGAGGCGUUGACUCAUUUUUGGAACUUGUUUAUGUAAAAAAUAACUAUUUGUAUAGAUAAAACAUUAGAGGUGAUUAUGUGGCUGUACAAAUCGUUCUUUAAACAUUUUAUAUUAGUUAUGUGCAUAAUAAUUUUAGCAUUUGGAGUCCUGUUAUUAGCCAGAUUUCUAUUCAGGACUCCAAGUUUUAUUGUAUUCUUUUUUUUAUAUGGAUAUUGUAAUAUUUGAUUGUAAGAAAUUGGCAAUGGGUAUCUUAAAUGACUGU